AGGAUGGAGAGCCGCUGCGCACCUUCGCCCAAGGUUUCCUGACAUGGCUGGAGCAGCACCCGACGGCUGCCAAGGAGCAGCUGGAGGAAGUCAUGGCCUCUGUGCGGGACGCGCGCGGGAGCCUCCAGGAAGCCGACAAGCUUGCGGAGGCUGCAAUGACGAAGAGGGGACUGGCUACGCUGUCCGUGCAGGGGAUGCAGGGCAUUGCGCAAAAGCUGGGGCUGCGAUCGACCGGUCCCCCUACCGCUCAGCUGGACAAGACACCCGUUGAGCUGCAGAUAGGGGGCAACAAGUUGGUGGUGAUGAAGGGCGUGACGUCGCUCUCGAUGGGGGUGGCCACCGCCGACGGGCUCGUCGCCGUCCUCAUCCCCCGCAACACACCGCUUCCCUGCAAGGUCACCAGAACCUUCACCACGGCCAGCGACAACCAGGAGGAGGCGAUAAUCAAGUUGUGCCUUGGCGAGGGGGUGCGCUGGGGGGACAACCACAUCCUGGGUGAGCUGACCCUGGCCGUACCCGCCGCCGGGCCCAGGGGCCAGGUCGACAUCGACACGACCUUCGCGCUGGACGCGGGCGGCGUGCUGACCGUGACCGCCUUGGAGAGGUCCUCCAAGGAGGAGGCGAGCGUGACGCUGCAGUGCGAGUCAAGCCUAGAGAGCGCCCGUCUCUAGGCGAGGCUCUGGGAGCGCGACAGAGCCAGCAGGAAGGAGAGACCAGCGCUAGGCGCUGUACUUCGGCCGUACUAAAAUGUAAUAUGUUUCAAAGACUCUUUUAUAUAUCCUUUACUUUUUCCGUGCCUCUUUUUCUAUUCUGUGUAUACCUUGUUCGUUUCGUUAACUUCGUUGUUUGCGUGCACAAUUGCCAUUCAGGACACUAUUCUUUAUGAUAGAUAGAAUAAGUCACACUUCCAUCAGCAGAGGAUUGUGUACAUUGUCUGAAUUUCCUUGCACUGCAUACAUACUCAAUAAAAAUAGAUCAAAAAAGC